CGAACUGAACUUUCCUACCGACCACCACAGUUUGCACUAACCGAACUGUGAACUGAGGGUUUUAGGUUUGCUGGCUCCAAGGUUAGAGUAAAUGAAUAGCUAAUCACUUAUUCCUUACUUUCGUUUUCUUUUUUGGGAUUGUUCGCUGUAUUCGAUUGUCUUUUUACAUUCUUCUUUUCGAAGUAGUCGUUUGACUCAUUUUUAUCAUUCAAGUUCCCUUUUUCAACAAUAGAGAACGUUUUAAAUUCUUUAUAAAUUAUGCCUUAACAGCCAGUUGUCUCCCUUUUAUACUUUUUGGCUGCUAUUUCUGUUUUCGUUAAAAUAACCUUUACCCUUAAGAUUUUUUAUUUCUCUGUUAGGUUUUUUUUUUUUGGAUUGUUUUCGUGUGUAUAUUUAACCUUUAAGAAUGAAAAAGAAUCUGAGAAAGGUUAAGCUCAAAUUGCAAAACCCUCUUCAGCUUGGUUUUAGUGAUCAAUCCAACUCCAAGCCGAACACUCCAGUUAGCUUAACAUUUUCCUCUUCCGCCGCUUCUGCCUCUCCUUCUCCCUGUAGUAACGGCAAUUUCUCUCCUGGUUUCCGUACAGACCCUUUUACAGUAGCGCACUUUGGAUAUGCUAACGAAGACUUUGGGUCACCUUCUCCCUCGGUUGAUAGCCCCUUGAAUUCUCCAUCACUUCCAACUCCAUCUUCCGAUGACCGUAACCAAUGUGGUACUUACUUUCAUCCAGUUUCCAAGACGGAAUCAGUCCGUUCACACAAAGGUUUGAUUCGAUCUGCAUCAGAUCCUUACUCCGUCGACGAUUUUGCUGCCACUAUGUUUCCAAAUGACAAACUUCAUACUUCUACGGUUCCGCAGUCCACAACAUCUAAUCGACCUACUCUCCGACCCUCCACCUCAAUGUCGAGCUCGUCUUCUUUUCCUCAAUAUAAUCCUGACUCUUCUUUUAUGACGAGCAUCUUACCCUUGUCAAGUGAUCUGGCAUUGCGUAAAAGUGAAGUAUUGGAUCUAUAUUCCCUUUACGAAAGAAUCUCUUUUUUAUUUUCUCACAUCUUCCAUUGCUUAAAUUGCGCGGAACUAAAACACUUGCCUUUUUAUGUAAAUUCUGUCCAACGCGAGCUGUUUUCUCUAUUCCAUUCGACCGGAAUUUUUUAUCUCUUAUUGCAAAAUACAUCUCGGGGUUCGGAAACAGGAAACUCAUUUUUUGUCUUUUUUGAAAGGCUAUUUCCUCACCUAUCUCGUCUUGCUUUAUUAUCUGAUUUAAAAAAUGGAAAUUUUACAAUAGGAGUAUUAAUUCCGAUGCUUGGUUCGUGUACUGAAAAGUUAUUUUACAUUUUACAGUCAUUUAUGAUUACUUGUGCUAAUAGUAGUUUCUUUCUGCAACAUUACACAAAUUCAAUUGCUUUCGUCGAAGGUACCCCUUCUGCUGGAAAUUGGUCUGGUAACGGAUUGACUAAUUCCACUAAUUCCACUCGCUUUCUCUCGAGUGCAGCUACCCUUAGUAGCCUGGAUACUUAUUUAUAUUUCCUUUUUCAAAAUUGCUCUGAAUCUAUGGAAAAGCUAAAGAGUCAAAUUGUAAAAGUCGAUGAUGAUCUUAUUGAUGAUAUUUGUUACUCUAUAAUUAAUCAGUGUAAAGAGGUCCUUAAUUAUAUCGAAAAGUGGGAUUUAUCUGCUGUAUCGGAAAUUUCUAAUGAAAAUAUACUACAAUCAUUUUUUAUUAAAAAACAGCUUUGCUAUGACCUUACCGGUGAACUUGCUUGUUUUUUUCAAGAGUUAACCCUUGGAAACGUUGAUAAGCAAUCUAUUGUUAUGAGAAUAACAGGUGUUGCUCUUAGCUUUCAACAGCUAUUUGGGUACAUGUAUACAAUGGUGAAAGGUGAAACAUUUGCUAGUUUUGAUAAAACGGACUUUUUGUGCAAGAAGUUUCAAUCCUACUUUGUUGAUGAUUCAUAUGAACCUGAAGUGUCGGGAUUAUUUAAAAACGGUGAUAAUCCUUCUGAAAUCUCUCGAUCCUCUGGCUAUACCGCCAUUAGCAAUAAUAGCAAAGAAAGUUUUACUGUAUGGAGGUGGUCUCGACGAUUAUCUACUCUUCUAGAUGACAUAUCGGAUGAACCGUUGAUUUUCAACAACAACAAACUGAGAGGCGGAACUCUAUCUUCACUUGUUAGCUAUCUCAUAGCUAAUGUGCACAUGGAUAAGGAAUUUCGACAUGUUUUUUUAUUAACUUAUAAAAGUUUUGUAACAGCGAAUGAGCUGCUCGCUUUAUUAAUUAUGAAAUUUCACAGUACAGUUCCUCUUGGAAUUAGUGAGGAUAAGUUGGCUAUCUGGAAGAAAAAGGAUCUGAUCAAAAAGAAGAAUAUAUGCACUGUUAUCAAUUUAUGGGUACAAAAAUACUUUGCGGAAGACUUGAACUCAAAAAGAGUUUUGGUUUGCUUAUCUGAAUUAAAUGCGUUUGUUCGUGAUUUUGUUAUUCCUUCAUUCCAUAUUGGAACUGUUAUCCUCGAGGAGAUUGAUAAUCUAUGGAAGGAAUCGGAGAUUCCGGAACCAGUUAACCAAGUGGCUACUCUUGACGUAUUUAGCUACAGCCCGAAGGAUUUUGCAGUUCAAGUGACUAUCAUUGAAUUUGAUUGUUUCAAAAGUAUUCCUACCUCUGAAUGGAUAAAUAAGCGGUGGUUGGAUCAUAGAUCUCGUAGUGCUAUACGAGAUUCUAUUAACUUUUCCAACUGCUUUACCUUUUGGAUAAUUAAUAGUAUCCUUGACAGAAAAAAUAUUAAAGCAAGGGCUUUUGUGAUAUCUUAUUUCAUCCAAGUGGCAUAUGAGUGUUUGGCAGUUCAUAAUUUUUCUACUUUGAUAGCUACUGUCUCAGCUUUAAACUCUGCUCCUGUUUACCGGUUGCGUGCUGCUUACAAGUUGGUUUCUUUGGAAGACACGAAUAAACUGAAGGGCUUACAAGAAAUCGUUGAAAGUAAGAGGAAUUUCGUUGCUUAUCGAACCUUAAUUAAGCAGAUUGAACUUCCUUGUGUACCUUUUCUCGGCGUCUUUUUGAGCGACCUUACAUUUAUAGAUGAGGGAAAUCCAGAAAUUAUUGACGGCUUUCCUCAUUUAAUUAAUUUCAGCAAACGACAGCGUAUUUCUAGUGUCGUUGAUGAAAUAUGUUAUUUCCAGUCUGUCUUUUAUAAUUUCGUUGAAAAUGACAGAUUUACAAAUUCCAUUCGCCAGCAUUGCCAGAACGUGAAUCAAGACCUAUCUGAUCUUUUUGAUAAGUCUCUCUCGAUAGAACCUCGUUGUUCAUAGAUUGUUUCCUUUGUUGGGAUAAUCGCUACAUGGUUGGUUCCCUUCAUCGUUUUGCUAAUUACCAUCAAAGGUACAACGUUGUCUUGCUUUUGCUUUUACACCAUGUUGAACAUUUUCAACAAAAUCCAUUUCAUUUCCGUUUCAGACAUCCAUAUUCCUUUCUCGUUUCUCUUCGGAUUUGGUUUGGUUUGCUUUGCUUUGCAAUUGUUAGUAUAUGUGAACUCUUUCGUUUCCCUUUUUUCCUUUCUUUUUUUGGCAAACUCUUUGCUUUAUGUUCCGUCCUUACUAGUUUUUUGUUCAUUAUUUAAUUUCCUUUUUGGGUUUUUGUUUAUAUAUAUUAGGAAUGAAAACAAUCUAGACUAUUAUCAAUCUUUGUAUUUUUGGC